AUGGCGCUUCUGAAAAAAGGCCUUGAUUUGCAGCAAUGGGUUGACUCUUAUACACACUGGCCUAACGGUCUGGCUUUACUUUUCCAGUUUGGCUAUACACCAACCGAGAGUUGUCUCACCUCAGCAUGCGAAGCGGACUGCGAAGAAAGCGUUAAGCUUGUGAUCAGUACUCAAAAGUACUAUCUCGGACCCUCGGAAUUGGAAGUUGCAAGUAACCAUCAUAAUUCAGCAGUUGUGGAGUUGGUGGUACAGGCACUCGUUGACCGCAGAAGGCGGCUACAAGUUCUAGCGGAGACUUACUUGCCGGACGAGGUUAUUUCUCAGCUGGGUAUUAGGCCUGACAAUCUCCUCAGUCUUCAGGCCUAUAAAGUUUACCAGCUUCUCAAGACGAGCUCCAUAGAUGUCGACGACGUUAAAGAGUGGUAUACCUGGUCGGUCUAUGAUUAUGUAGGGACCAAUCUUAAGUUGGCGGACCAUCUAUGGGAUGCCGGCUUCCGAGACGUGGAUGAAGUGGACGAUGGCAACAAGACCUGCCUGAUGAAGUUGUGGUGGAAUUCACCCCCGUGCAGCCUUAAUGUCCUCUUAGAAAAGGCAAGCUGGUUGAUCAACAAAGGUGCUGACAUUGGUCUUAAAAGAUCAGGCUCGCGAGCCCUACACUACCUAGGGCAAACUGUGGGGAAAAAUUUGCAUUUCAAGGAAAGUCUUGAAGAUUUUGCCUUGGAAAUUGAUCAGCUGAGCGAAAGGUCCAAGGAUUUAUUGUUCACAAUACUUGUCGAAAAUACUCGAGACUGUUGCUGCUGUCCCUGUUCUCUAAAGGGAUGCUCUGGCCUCACGACACUUCUUAAUGGACUUUUCCGGACAUGGCCCGAGAAAGGAAUGGGGGACCUUAUCCAGAUGCUUGCGAUAAUGAUUAAGAGCCUAAUAGGCUCACUAGGGCCAGAGAUCCAGGAAAGCCUCAUCUACCAACUCGCGCCCUGUGUCCUCCGCUUUAUCACCUGUCAAAGUCUGGAAAUUUCUCACACCUGCGUGCAUGGACUUUCUGGAGGAAUAGAUGCAGAAGAAAUUAGAGAGAUUCACGAUGAGGAGAAGUUGUUGAUACUGGAGCUUGACAAACUCGUGGUUGAGUUUCUUUCAACAUCAAGUAGGCUUGGACUAUCCUUUCUCGACUUCUUGACGGACUAUUGGUCGAUGGAGAUGGAUGAGGCCCUCUUAUCACGUGGGACACCCAGUGAGGAAGAUAUCAGUCAGAUUCUUGAGACAGGGGUGGUUUUGUAUAAAUAA